GAAUUCUCCCAUCUGCUAAACUCAAAUUUGGGUGGUGUGGCUAUCCUCCAUGCUCCAUGCUUCCAUUCAUCUCCAUCCUUCUCCUCCACCUCUUCCUCCACUUCUUCCAUGGCUUUGAAGGUCUCCCACCUGCUCUUCACCUUGCUUUGGCUCUCUCUCCUCUUCCUAUUGUUUCACCACUUUCAUAAUGCCAUGCCCUUCUUCAUGAAUCACAACAAUCAACAUAUAGGCACUACGACAUACCCGUCGUCGUCCUUGAUCUCUCGUGAUCAGGUUUCGAUCAACCGGAAGGUUCUCACCAGCAAAUUCGACUUCGCUCCUUUUCAGAAACGCCACCAUCGCCACCAGAAAAAUCAUAUGGGAGGUUCUUCAGAUGAGCGAGCUAAGAGCGAGAUCGACCCUCGUUAUGGUGUAGAGAAGCGCCUCGUCCCCACUGGCCCAAACCCGCUGCACCAUCGAUGAAGAUUUUAUUAUUGAUUGACUUACAUGGCGGGGUCAAGGAAACUGGUUUGCAUGGUGAUUCCAUUUCUUUUGGGAAUUGCGAUUUUUGUGAAAUGCAGCCUUUGUACAUGUAUUAAUCUCAAUAUUUGUUAAUAUAUCUUCAGAAAUAGCACAUUACAUACGUACUAUAUAUACAAUUUUGGGUUUUCACUGGAAUGCUCUGUGAUCAUUAAUUCCAGUAGGUUAUUCUUCCAUUUAUUUUUUCCCCAUUAUAAUGUUUUGAUUCUAGAGCUAUGGGAGUAAUUUCAUACAAAUUAUUAGAUUUUACUGGUGAAAUUUCAAAUUGGAAUGAUCACAUGAGUGGCUGUGACGGCAAGGCAAUGAGAGGUUGUUUAUGCACCAUAAUGGCAUAAUAUAAUGGGGUCGGUUAGCUUGAC